AUGAUAAGCAAUUGUUUUCCCGACAGGAGUAGUCAUCCAGUUUGUCCAAAUGAUCGUCAGGAAAUUGAAGAGGAAGGCGGUGUAAGUACUUGACCUUAGAAACAUUUUGUUAUAUGAAAUGAUGCGCAGCACAGUUAAUAUUAUUACUCUUUCGAAAUAAUAAAUUUUUCUCUGUCGGAUUGCCAUUAAUGCUACAGCCUGUUCUUAAUAACUAAAAGGCGCUGACCAUAUUUGGAAGAUGUUUGACAUCAUUUUACGAUUUGACGUGAGAGCGGUGCGGCGAUCUUGGUAGCGGUGCAGGAUUCCAAAAUGUGGCCAAAUAUUUCACAAGCUAUAAGUUUGUAGUACCCGGAGAAAAUCAAAUCAAUCAGUCACUUUGACAUGAUAAAAAUAUUUUUGACGAUUAGCCUCCAGUUGAUUUGUUAGUUCAAUAGAUCGCUCCCGAUAUGUAUCGCAGAGGCCAGUCAAGGGUUUGAAUCCCCGCGUGAAGCCUGAGGCUACUUUCACACGGUGUUCCGUAGGCAAGGAACCAUACCUAUCCCGCGUGCGAUAAUUUAAACGCCAACCGUUCAAAAAUUUGAACUCCAAAAUCGAAGAAAAAUAAUGUAGCCGGUACGGUUGGAAUAUUUUGAUCGACGUGGUGUGAACUCAAUUAAAUUUUUUACCACAACAGCGUGAUUGCAUUUGCUGCGUAUCUAGCUGGGGGACACCUUUUCAGCCACAUUGGAUUUGUUGGCAUAAAGUUGAAAUUCAGCCUGGUUCGUCAGUUCCCUGUGAACAAAGCGCAAAUGUUUUAACUGCUUUCGUGUGAAGGAAGUGUCCGGUCAUUGACAAAUUCUUCCGUAGCUGAUCAAAAAUUCAUCCGAUGCGUGAACGUCGCCUUGCGCAACUGCAAAAAGUGCGUCUACUGCGAUGAUCUUCCUUACGUUAAAUUCUUCAUCCCAUUGUUCUACUAUAUGAAAUCUAUAUAUUUAUUAUUCAAUCUGUUUUAUAUACGUUAUAGUUCUAUGCAGACAAAGCCUGGGCCAGGGAUAUAUUGUCCCUCCGAAUCAAAUGCCAGCAGAAUUCCAGAGGAUGUGAAUGGAUUGGUCAACUGCGAUAUGCAGAGGUAUCUACUUUCAGCCUUAUUAUAAAUAACGUACGCAUAGGGCAUAGAAUCUUCAGUCACUGUUAGUAACCGAUAGUCUGUUUAUUCAGGACUAUACAGAGACACCCACGCUUACUAUACCUUAGGAACUGGAGUAAUUGGUAAGAUGUCACGACACCGGACGGCAACGAGAACGUCAGAAAAGCAAUAGAGCGUUUUUUUACAUGCCAUCACGGCGGCCAUUAGUUGUUGUCCCAAAAAAAUGGAACAGCGACCAUAUUAGUGUUCUAAACCUAUGACCAUCCUGUCCCCGGAAAGUGGUUGACUAUGGUACCAGGGUUUUUCAUUGCCGAUCAUGUUUGAACAUGUUCGUAGAUGGUGUGACCGUUGUAUGCGACCAUGGUGUGUCGUCAGCUCAUGACCAUGGUACAUUGCUACUGGCAGUUGAAGUCUUUUCUUAUGUAAAACGUUCUUUUGUCCAAUACAUUGGACAGAUGCUGGCCACUUGAGUGAAAAUUCUUCAUAGCAUUAUAUUAGCAAAACAACAACUUCACGUGCAGCACACUUUUUGGUAUAUCAAGGAACCUAUCGGGCUACCGCACAUUUCUUUACCGUCACUACCCCCUUACGACAACAACUUUAAACGUCCUAAUUUCACGUUUUAUCGAUGAGAGAGAGAGAGAGAUUUUAGAAAGAGAGAUUCUAUUUAGACACGGUAGUUUUAUCAGCAAAAGCUACAAUCUUAGACAAAACUGAGAAAAUGGCAUACUUGAGGAGCAUUUUUCUAAACAUCGUAGCUGUUCAGUACCGAUUUUCCCUCCCCCCUCCCCCUGGAAGCAAUGAUGUUGUGUGCCUGCUCCCUCAACGUUUGUAGGAAGCAACAUCGAACUGGGGAAAGUGAUUUCUUUUCACAAAGCCGCCGGUUUGGAAAUAGUUUUGUUUCGUAGGAUAGUGUACAUUAUGGGAAAAACAUUCUCAAGAAGUUUUGUCCAGGAUUAUAGUUUACACAAAAGCCGUGUUAAAAGAAAUGUAUAUAUCUAUCAGCAGUUCCGAGUUGAUAUUAAUAAGUUUGAAAAAUAUAUAUAUAUAUAUAUAUUUAUAGAACUAGGUACUGACAUUUGAUAAAAUAAUUUUAAGCUUGGAUUAUAUUAAGGAAUCAAAGAUGCUGGGAAGGGAUAGGUACAUUUUACAUUUAAAAACGGUCAUUGAUUUGCGUUCACGCAAAUCCUAUGAUGCCAGCUGCGCGGUUUUGUAGUUUUUGAAGCUUCGAAUUCAGAGCUAGUUCAAACCCCAGAUCCUCCCAAACAACGCUGCAACAGUCAAAGUAGGGUUGGUUAAAAGAGUUGUACAUUGUUAGGAGGGUCGACGGAGGAACAAAUUGUCUCACACGCUUAAGCGCUCCGAUUGCUCUGGUCAAUUUGGUGGUGUAAACGCAAAUAAUUUUCUUUUUCUUUUUCCGAACUUGGAUAAACUCCAGGAAAAUAAGCUAACAAACUUGAACGACGAGAAAUAAUGGCUAUGGAGCAUGAAACCGGACGCAAAUCAAAGGUCUGUGUUGGCAGGCUCAGAAUUCUCUAUUAAAGCUAAAUUGAAGCUAAGUGAAUUUCUCAUGGUGUAUUUCUUUAGGAACACCAAGAAGAAUGCCCAUAUGAACAUGUCCCAUGUUCUGCUUGCCAAGGCAGCAUACAAAGACGGCUGCUAGGGACUCAUCUUAAGGAUGAAUGUCCUAAGAGAAUUGUUGAAUGUGUGUACUGCGAGGAUGAGUUCUUUUUUAUCGAAAAACAGGUCUGUAUUACCUAACUGUUAUUGAAUAAAAAUUUUAUACAAAAAAGGAAAUACUUUCAUGCCGGUCUAGCAAAAGGUGCCCAUUUCUCCAAAGUCCGGUGUUUACGGGUCCACAAUCGAAUAUUCAAAUCAAAACAGUUUAACAAGAAUAUAAACGCGGUUUCUAGCUAAAAAGACAAUCAAUAUUCUUUAUAAUUAUUUAUUAUUAAUCUUUAUUUAUUAUUAUAGUUUUGACAUAUUAACUGCAAACCUACUAAAACCUCAUUGGGGAUUAACGACAACAGCUUUCCGCGCCCCUUUAUUAUCGAUAAACGGGUCCAGCAAAAUGUCAGUAAACAUGAUAGACCGGCUUUUGAUAUGGGUUUUGGCCUUACAAUUUUUGUCAUGUAGCCAUCCUGUAAUUCAUGUAUCGCGUGUUUGUUCAUGAGUUUUAUACUGCCUGGCGUUGCUAUAGCAUAGCGUCAGGUAGUCUCUUUAGUGAAGAUAGUCGUGAAUAUUUUUCAUGGGACCUUGUACUGGGAUUAAGAUUUUACAUGAACCACAGUUCAGAUUCCCCGGGGGGGGGGGGAGUUCUCCACGAUAAAAGUGACGGGGUGUUAGUCGGAAUGUUUCGAGAACACCCUUAAAAGGUACCAGAAUCUUGUUUUAUGGGCGUGUACCAAAUUCAUUUCCACCCCUAAGAGGUACCAAUUCAACAACAGUAAAUCAUAUUACAGCUGGCACUGCAAAUUCUAAUAGUAAUAAAUAACUUUCGAACAGCUUCAAGGGCUUUUUGAGGUGUAUUGUCAUUAAUCUUUAUCUGGCAGCAGUCAUUUUAGGUUUUAGCACCGUAAGCGGUACCAAUCCACAAAUUUAAACCCCUAAAAGGUACGACGAGCACCCCCGUUGCUUUAAUAGGGGAGAACCCCCAAGGGUUCAGAUUCUCACUGGCCUUCUAUGCACGUAAGGCAGGGAAUAUAGGCACUUUGCCGAUAAAAGAUGAUCAGACUUGUGGUGUCGCAUUGUUAAAUAAGCUUACUUGUGUAAUUGCAUCCACAUCAGCAGCAUUAAUUUUGCCGGCUGAUCACGAGAUCAAAAUGUCGUGUACAAUAUACAGUAUACAUGCUUUACAUGUUACUAACAUCACUUACUAAAGCCUAGCAAGUUCGCUAGUAAAGCGAUUUAGAUAGUGACUAUAGUGGUUAACUCGGUGCUGCUAAUAAAUGAUCUUUCCGCUGAUUAUGUUCUAGCCACAUGAAGACAUUUACUGCAAGCGUUUCCCUCUGGUCUGUGAAAACAAUUGUGGACAUGACGAAAUACCCAGAGAAGAGGUAUGUUUAUUUAACUUUGCUUGCUUAUUUUUGUUCACAUUUCAUCUACUUGAUCGAGUGCAGGUCGGUCAUUAAGCUUUAAUGGUCUCAGUCAGUUAUUCUCGGUAUUAAAUUUGGCCUUCUAGUUACUGAAAACCGGCACUAUUGUUCGACUAACCAAAACCUCAUCAAAUAAUUUGACCUAGCUGUGCGCAACAAACAAGCUUAAUAAUUAUUAUCAUUUAUAACUAUUGUUAGUAUCAUUUGCCCUGCUAAGAUCAGCUUUGCUUUGGAGGAUCGCACGGAUCGCGAGGGUCUAGAACUGAGUCUAUUUAGAAAUGUCGGACAUAGAUUUAGAUAUUGAAAAAGGACCCGCGAAACAUUCGAUAAGACAAUUGAGAACGAUAUUUUAGUUAGAUUACGUUUACUUUAGAAAAUAUAUAUUUUUAAAAAAAUCGAAUUUAUUGUUUUUUUUUUUUUUUAACUAAAAUAAUUUUCUUUUUAAUUGGAAUAACUUUUUUUGAUUGAAACGAAUUUUUUUAAUGAAUUUUUAAAUCUAUAUUUACAGUCCCCUCUCUCCCACAUAACCUGAAUUUUGGCGGGAUGUCCUGCUUGUCGAUAAAUGAUUUUUUACUGUUCUUUCUUAAGGCUUAGUUCUGAGCAGCAGUAAUGAAUCCUUCUGUCUCUUUCUUUACCUGACCCUUACUAGCUCAUCUCCAUGCUCUUCAGCAUCCACUGUGGCCCUUAAAAAUUGACUAUACAGGGGAUUUCACUUGUAACCUUAAUACUUUUAAGUCCUCACUUCUCUUCAGCACCUUCUCUUCUGGUGCGUUGUCCAUCCCAUUCUUUCUUGGCUGCUGAGGCUUUCACCCUCGUUUUUAAUCAUGUAAAGCCUAUUCUGACAUCUGCCUGGAAGUGAAAGGAUCGAUAUAUUAUCAGGAGCUCUUCCGUGUCUUUCUGCAUGUCCAUUUCCUGAAGUUCAUUAUUGUUGUUAUUAUCGUUAUUAUUAUUAUUAUUUAUUAUUAUUGUUAUCAUUAUCAUAAUCAUUAGCAUUAUCCUCAUCAUCAUCACUAUCAUUCCAAUUAUUAUUGUUAUUACUAAUAUUUUCAGAUGGCAAGCCAUGUCUCUGAGAAAUGUCUGAUGACAGUUGUUCUGUGUCCAUACUCUGAAGCUGGUUGUCCAUUUGAGGUAAUGAAAUGAACCUGUGGCAAUCUUCUAACUGCAGGAGACUCAAACCUCUGCAUACCAUGCAGGCUCACCGGUCACUAUAAACACAAACCAGACACCGGAAAACUCCGGCACCCAGGGCAACGACUGUUUUUACGAACAGGUUGAAACAGACGAGGCUGUCUUUUGCCUGGUCUGUCAUUCCAGUAUGGUUAAACCUAACGAUGAUAAAAUAUGGAAUGCAGCACACACUACCAACCUCCGCGAUAUAGCCAAUACCUUACGCAAGCGCACAGCUAUAUCACCCCGGCAGUGGCAGCCAUGGACAGCGGUUUCGUCCUGGCCAUGUUGAUGGGUCGUAAGAAGGACUAAACAGCUUUCCAUGGCUGCCAUUACCAGGGUGAUAUGGCUGUGUGCAUGUGUAAGGCACUGGCCAUACCGUGGAGCUGGUAGUGUGUGCUUCAGUGCAUAUUUUGGUCUUUGUUAGACAUAACGGAGGUACUUUGAAAAACCUCACAUACGUAGCUCUUGGGAACAUUUAUAUAAUUUAUGGUGACAGGCCUUGGUCACUAAUACAUUACUAGGAGAAUUGUAUAACCUUGUUUCCAGGGUCCUCUCUUAGGACGAGUAGGAAAGGACAGUGGGAACGAGGUUGGAGAAAAAUAUGAUGCUGGUAUUUAUAUUAGCACUUUAAGUCAAAUGAUACGUUAUUGAAAAUACUCACAUUUUAUUAUUUGUUAGGAUAAAAGAGCUUACCUCAAGGACCACUUGGAGGUAAGCGUGGAUGGUCAUUUAGAAAUGGCAUGGAAUUCACUCAUUUUGGCAAAAAAAGAGAUCAGUACCAUGAAAGAUAAAUUCUACGAAGUUCAAGAAGUAAAUCAAGAGAUGAAGGAGUCCGUUGCUGAAUGCCGCAGCGAGCUUCGAGAAUUGUCAGCUGCGGUAAAUAAGCUGGUGAAAGAGAAUGUUGGGCAAAAGAAAUUCAAUCAAGUCAUAACAGAGAAGAUAAAGAUUGUGGAAGCAAAAAUUCCUCAAAAAACGACACCAGAAGCUUACGGGAUUCCAGUGAACGAGACUAUGCGCAGAUCGCCAAGGGUUGUUAUCGGCAAAACCGUGACCGGUGGCCUUACAUCGGUUGAUAGGAUUAAACUUCAAAAAGAUGCACUGGAUGCACAGAGAAAACUUUUGCAAAGUUACACACGCCCUAGCCUUAACAACACUGACUAA